AUCACAUUGUACAUCACCAACGUUCCCUCAUUUAGCAUUUACCAUACUCAUUCAUCCUGUCAUCGCCAUCUUUGCGCCCUUUAGAUUGUUUCUCAGCACUCCGAAACGUCCCGAUUACGAGGUAGGCAGAGUUCGAAGCUUAAACGCAGUAUUAUCGCCCUGUUGCUCAUUGAUUGAACGGAGGCGAAGAUGAUCACUGAACCUCCGCGAAUUGUCCACGACCACCUCCAUUCAUGAAUUUGUCACAGGAUUCAUACCCCGUUCUAAGCAAUGGAUCAACCGCGACAAAAUGGUGGAUCCGGCAUGGGUCGUGAAUAUAAUAGAGCUGAGCGGUUCGAGGAGGAAAAGAGGCGCAUCGUGGAGAGCUGCUUCAAUAAAAAAGAUGUUGAUGGAUCCAUACUUGAAACCUAUAUCACCCAUAUUAGAAUCACAGAAUACUCCUCACACCCGACUUCUCCGCCGCCUCCUGAGGCGCGAUCCCAAUCAGAAAAACCGAGAGUUAUCAUCGUAGCAGUGCGAAAAUCUGGUCGAGUGCGCAUGCACAAGUCCAAAGAAAAUGCAAAUGGCUCAUUCUCUAUUGGCAAGACUUGGGAUCUGAAUGACUUGAGUGUCAUCGAGUCCUUUACCUCCCCUAAUGCCGACCCCCAAAAACGAGACUGGGCCGGUGAUACCGGAUUUAUCGUGAACCUUGGAAAGCCGUACUACUGGCAAGCUCAGGCUGACAAGGAAAAGAAGUUUUUUAUUGCUAGUUUGGUUAAAAUAUACGGGAAGUAUACUGGCGGAAGUGUACCUGAACUAAAAGGUUUCGAUCCACGCGAACUUGAUCAAGUGCUUGGUUCACGAAGGAUCCCACCGAAUCCGAACCAGAAUCGAGGAUCCCCUUCCGACUCUACUCCCUCAUUACGAACCGGACCUACCCCCCCUCCUUCGAGAAGUGCUGCGACACCGCCGAGAGUAGACGCUAGACCACCUAGACCCGAUUUCUUACCAUCUCAGUCUGACGCUGUGCCUAUCCCAAACAAAUCCCCUAGCCCUUUUGCUUCCGCACCCGGAAUCCAGCCUUAUCGCCCUAACCAAUCCCCUAGUUCUCCGGGUCGUAACCUCGCACCUCCUAAUGGAUCUUCGUCUCCAGCGUCAGUAUCUGGUGCUGAUUCAGCUCGGGCAGGGAAUCAGGCAGCUGCUCUACGUAGGUUGGCUGGGAAUAACAAGAGCCAAGACUCCAUAGCAGCCUCUAUAUCGACGACGAGAAGUGAUGAUUCUGCAAGUCUUCCUCCCCGUUCUAGAGGGGGAAUGCCAGGACCCGGCGCAUUUGGUAGAUUCGCCGAUCGCUCGGAAUCACCUUCACAGGUAGAUUUACCUGACAGGAAAAGACCACCAAUGGAUCCAACCCGGCCGAAAGAAACUACAGAUAACGGUCUCGUUCCGGCGCCGUUGAUGAGCCAAGGAGGUCGAAAAGAACCACCGCCACGGAGUACUGAACGCAUGUCGCCUGGAAAGAAUUCUAUUGGGAAACGAUUUGAGAAUGGCUCACCCGCCGAUAAAUCACCACUAGCCCCAGCGGCAGAGCCAGUGCCUGCAGUUCCCGUAAUCUCCGAUACACCUCCCGCUCUAACACCUAGUCCAAACGGUACUGCAGCUGCUGCAGCUGCAGAAAAUCCGGCAUCUACACCACCAGCGGCAGAGAAAUCAGCAGAUGUGGAGACUCGCCCAGGAUUAGGUCCUAUGAUUAAGGCGAAGUCUCAGCGCGAUCUAGCUGGGGCUCUAUGGAAGGCCGCGUCGGCUGCGACCGCUUUCAAACCACGACCAGGCGGAGCCGGAGAACGAUUGCGAGAGGCGGCCCUCAAGUCAACUGAAGGACCAGAUGGGAUAACAAGCGUUGUUCCAGCGCCGCCACGCCCAGAACCGAAGCCCGAGUUACCAAAACCUGUCGAGCCUGAGAGGAAAUCCGUAGACAAGGCUCCCAUUGUCCCCGAAGUGAAAGUUACAGUACCUAAUUCCAGCAGGCCUUCUAGCCUGCAGGCCUCUAUCAAAGAAAGCCAGAGGAAGAGUCUGGAGGCGGCGCGACAAGAUGAUACUCCUCGACCCUUAACGAUUACUGGUAAUGAUACAAAGUACUUGUCUACACUAGGUAUCGAUAUAUCUCUUAUGGCCGAUACGUCCUCAGAGUUUGCAAGAUGGUUGGAUCAUUUCGGCUGGGUACCUGGCGAACAAAUGCGAGGUCGUAAUUUCGAAGAGAUGAAACUCGACAUUGACCGUGAACUUAACAAAGCACAGGCCGGGGGCUGGGUUGUACGCUUUCAGGAGGAGGAUGACCGAGUCGAAGCAAUCAAAAAGGGCCUUGAUGUUGCCCUGGCCGAGUGUGAUGAACUGGACAACCUCCUCACUUUGUACAGCGUAGAAUUAUCUACCUUAUCCGACGAUAUCGCAUACAUAGAAGCGCAAGGGCAAGGUCUGCAGGUGCAGGCAGCUAACCAGAAGCUUCUUAGGAAAGAGGUAGAAUCGCUGCUUGAUACCUGUGCGAUUACCUCCGAUGACUUGCGAGCUCUUACAGUGGCACCGCUCGAAACUACUUCAGGUCUUGAAGAGGUUGAAACCGCACUCGUUACCUUGUACAAGGCCAUGAUGAAAAUUGAUUCCUCAGCUGCUGGUUCAGAACUCCGGAAAAGCGAAGAUGGAGGUUCAGGCGGUCAGCAAUCUACCCUCAACACCGACUAUGGUAAAAUGCGUAUCGUUCAAGAAAAAAGAGAGAUGUACAGCACGGAGAGCACUGCAUUCUUACAACGCUUUGGCGCAUUUAUGUCUCGACAAUUUGAUAAAGCAUCCCAAGAGGUUAGGGCCACCGUAGAUGGGGCGUUGUCCAAAAAGGUCGACCCUGCUCAUCACGACGUCGGUCGGGAUUUGCUCUGGCGCUACAGCCCUCUUAUUCUCUAUGCUCGAGAAGUAGACCUCGAAGGCUGGAACCGGUGCUUACAAGUGUACCAAGAGAAGAAUCUUCCACUCUAUAAGUUUAGAUUCAAGGAUAUACUCGAUUCAUGGAGACGGAAUGCAAGGAAACCUACGGGUGACGAAUUAGAGCUUCUUUUCACCGCCGAGAUAGAGCGACAGCAGGAGGGCACCAUGGCCACUGCCAGGAAGCUUACUGUCAAGCGAAGUCAGACUUUAGCUAGAACUCUACGCAGUCCUCUUGGCGAGGGCAGUAAGACAAGCCUCGACAAGAUUUCCGACGGUCGCAACCUUCCGUAUGAAGUAUUCGCCGGCAUGAUGGACGAUCUGGUUCCUCUUGUCGAAAUUGAGCAAAAUUUCAUCGUCGACUUCUUCCAUGCAACCACCUUGGAGACAGCCGAUUUCUCCGACCUCGUAACCGCGACAAAACCACGGGAUCGACGCGGUGGUGAUUUGAAACGACAUAGACUCAUGGAACCGGAUCGUGAAUUGGCCAGAAGGGUUACACGAGCUAUGGAGGCGAUAUUUUCAUUCUUGGAACAAGACUUACAACUCACGGUCGAUUGGGUUUUGUCACAAGAUCCGCUGCAAGGAGUUGGUAUCCUGGCAACACUCGAGCGGAAACACCUGGAAAUUAUACAGUCCAAUCAAGAUUUCUUGAACAACGUGUUACAAAAACUUCAUAGUAACCUCGAAACUCGUUUCUCGAAAUUUGUUGAAAGUCAAUUGCGCGCGAUUGAGGAAACGAAAGUCAAGAUCAAGAAACGUAAAGGUGUCAUCUCCUUCAUGCGAGUCUUCCCGCAUUUCUCUAAUGCGGUAGAGAAUAUGCUCUCGGCGGUCGACACGGGCUCUUCCGUACGAAGAACCGUAGACCGAGAGUACGACCGUAUUAUCAAGACCAUGUUUGAUUCGCUUAAGGUCAUUGCACGCGAGAAUCCCGUAACGCUUACAAACAGCGGCGCCGAUCCUGAAGAUAAGGAAGCUCUAAACUACCAUAUCUUACUUAUCGAAAACAUGAACCACUUCCUUGAGGAGCUCGAUACUCACGGUUUAGAAAUUCUCGAAGAUUGGAAGGAAGCUGCGGCUAACGAAAUGGCCGAACAUUUGGGCCUAUACCUAAACGCAGUGAUGCGCCGACCAUUGGGUAAAUUGCUCGAAUACCUCGAAAAUAUCGAGGCACAACUUGCGACAGGAAAGAACCCCGCGAUCAUUGCGGCACAGCCCAGCAAUGCCAAGGGUACGUUCAAUAAGACGCUGAGUAGCUACGACGGCCGCGAAGUGCGCAAGGGUGUCGAAGCAUUGAAGAAAAGAGUCGAGAAGCAUUUUGGCGACGCGGACGACCCAACCCUGAGCCGUAGUUUGGUCAAUCGGGUCCUGCGCGAAUGCGAGAAGUUUUACGGAGAUUUAGAAAUUCGGAUUUCCACCAUCACGGCAAAUGUAUACAGCGGCGACGUACUAUUUGAGUGGCCUCGCGCCGACGUGAAGAGCGCGUUUGCCAACACCGGUCGGUAGGUCGGAUCGAGUGAUUGGAAGCACGCGUCUAUCACCGGGCGAAAGUCGACAAGCAGCGGACGGACGCGCAUCAUAGCAUCAAUGGAAUGGGCGGCAUGACGGGAGUUUCGGGUCUCAUGGGUUCUCUCGGGGUCUUCAGUACAUAUUCACGAUAAUUGUAUAAGAUGGUUGAUGGCUGAUUCCAAACCCGAAUUCGCUAUGUGGCGCCCUCGCAAAAAAACCUUUAUUGUAUAAGAUAGAUGAAUGCCUAAGUCCCGAUAUAAGUUACCUAGGUUUAGUAUAAAAUACCACAUUAUCUUCUAGCGGGCUCGGGCUUUUGCGUAGUGUGAGUGAGCUGGAGAUUACCUGCCUAGGUACCGUAGAACCUCGUGUAAUGGCUGAAAAUAUCCAACUCACGUAGCUAGGUAGCUAGCUUGGCUUCCCCUCAUACUCCUCACCCGCUUCGCUAGCCUAAAGAGGUCAUCCGGUUCUCAAUGAAGAAUUGCUAGUGUUCCUUUCCGUUGGGGUUGAGGGGAUCUCCAAAAGUGGAUAUGCCAAUUCCUG